GGAUUUCAUUCUCUUACUGACAGUGGCUGCAGGCGCCAGGGCUGCUUUUGUGACCAGGCAGGCAGCAGCCAAAGCUGUGACCAGGAUGGCAAAUGUGUUUGUAAACCCAAUGUCACUGGAGAGAGUUGUGACAGAUGUAAGCCUGGAUAUUAUGACCUGCAAGCUGGCCGAUUAGAAGGAUGUUUGCAGUGUUUCUGUUAUGGUCACUCGUCCAAUUGCCACAGCUCCACUGAUUACAGCAUGAACAAGAUCACAUCUCACUUUGAGAAAGAUGUGGAAAGUUGGACAGCAGUUCUCAAGGAUGGUUCUCCAGCAUCAGUCCCCAUACGGAUGUCCCGGCACCAGAAAGAGGUGUAUCUUGCAUCACGACAGUUGGAGCCCCUCUAUUUUAAUGCCCCAGGAACAUUCUUAGGGGACCAGUCUAAUAGCUAUGGCCAAGUACUGACCAUCAGCUUCCGUGUGGAUCGAGGCCGCCAUAGAGCUGGCGUUGAAGAUAUUAUACUGGAAGGAGGAGGCCUGAGAGUUACUGCCCCUCUUACAUCAUCCAAAACUGCCCUUCCCUGCCGAUUACCCCAGACCUACACAUUCAGAUUGGAUGAGCUGUCUGGCAGCCCCUGGACUCCUCGUAUUAGUCACUUUGACUUCCGACGCCUUUUAAGCAAUGUGACCGCCCUGCGUAUUCGUGCC